AUGAGUGCUCCAGCAGGUCACACCAAAAGCACCGAAGGGAAUAACAUAACUACUUUCGUCCAGUGGAUCGAUAGGAUCCUCACAUCGGACAUCUUGGUGAACGCCAGUUUGUUGCGCAUAGAAGAUGAGAAGGGGAAGAAGAGGAAGCGACAGGAAAGUCUCGAGGGGGCAGCAGCAGAGAAGGUGAGAAACACAAAACGGUUUCGAUGCGGAAAUGCGAAGAAUGCUAGCAAAACAUGGGAGGAGGAUGAGGAGGAUAUAGGAAACUAUCACAGAGAGGGAAAUAACCAAGUUGCCAGCCCCCCCAUCAGCCGCAAUGUUAAAAGGUCGACACAGCUAUACCCUUUAGAACCUGAUGAGAGCAUAAUGUUUUUUCAGGAAGAUCAAGAAAAUGAGCUUAUUGAUAGGGACAGAAUUCUCCCCAGAGGGAAAUUCAAAAAUGAUGAUUCUUCCUCAUGUGACAUAUCCGAAAUAGAAAGCGACGAAGAAUGCGAUGAAGGGAUGGCGAAGUUGAGGAGUAGGGACGCACAAGAAAGGAGUCCACUUAUUGUUAAGAAAAAUUACCCAAAGGGAGGAACCGAGUAUGGUCAUACUCAUGUAGAGGUAAAAGGAGGCCUUCCUGGCCCAUUUGCCUACGAUAUAACGAGCAUUCUUAUGUUUUAUUCGUCGGAUGAGGAUCACUACGAUGGAGAAGACGGCGGUGGGAAAGACAGUGGUGGGGAUGGUGAAAAGAAUACUAGUGAGGGAACAUCCAGGAGGUCCAACUAUUUGUCCCUUUGCCUAAACUACGAUAAGAUGGAAAAAAAUAUAACUACCAUGAGGGAGAUGGACGAUGAAUUUUACAACUUAUCAAGGCAGGACCACCAGCGAAGGGAGGGUUUCAAGGAUCUGGAUGAAACUCGAACAACUAUUCCUGCGGUCAUUGCAAAGAUUGACAAGGAGAACAAUCCCCCCCGCGAGAAUCAUGUGCGCAAUGACGGAAAGACGGUCACCUGCAGCAAUGAUAACAGUGGGGCGACCAACCGGGGGGAAGGCAACAACGUGAGAAACAGCAGCAAUAAUGGCAAUAGCAAUGCCACGAAUUUGAAGGCGGCCGAGAGGACGAAGAAGCAGGAGGAAGAAUCCUCAAACAACGCGGCCACGAAUUUCUCCUUCUGGAAUGUAGCACACCAAACAUACGUAACAAGACCUCUGUACGCACAACACUUGAAAAGGGAGCAAGUCUCAUUGUUGGAUGAAUCUGAAGAAAUGGUCAAAAGCUAUUCCGUUAAUAAGUACUCCAUAAAAUAUGUGCCUAGACAUUUGCUUUAUGUGGUGAGUCAAGUAGCAUCCAGGACGUUUUUCGACCCUCUGUAUCGGAAGAAGUUGUUUCGUCAUUAUUAG